AUGUGCCUAGCGGACGACAUCCGCUCGUACGUCCUCGACGGUAUCGUACCUGACGACUGGACACCUUCGCAACGCUCCGCUCGCAACGCCGUCGCUCGCGAGGUCCUUGCGAGCUCGAUUGACUCGGCCGAAGUCUCGGCAGUCCUCGACAAAAUCCCUACCGCCGACCUGACAGCGCCGACAAUCUACUCGACGCUGAAAUCGCGGUACACCCCUGACGACGCCACCCACACGCUCGAGCUCUUCUCACGACUCUGGGGUUUCCGUCCCAUGCCCGUCAGAGGGGAUGACGAUGACUACACGCGAGAGACGAGGGAGAGAGCGAGAGAGCGCGCGAAAGCGCGAAGAAGCGAAAGGGGUGUCGACCGAGAGGCAACCGCGGAGGAUACGCGGCUGCAAGGCUCGCAGCAAGUCCAGUGUACCGAACUAUGGUGGCCAACGAGGUCGGACAGAAGAGGGAGGGCAAACGAUCCAAGAAAUAGCUGA